CGGAGGCUCGACUGUGUUGCGGCGCGUUGCGAAUUUCACGUUAUGGCGCUGUCGCGUGCUCUUUGAGGAGAACGUCUCGUUACUUUUAUGUGUAUUUUGCGUUUACUGUAAUGGGAAGUGCUUCGGUUUAAUACUGUCUGUGCGUAAAACAAGAGGAGCGGACGUCGUAGCACCUUUUUGGAAAUAAAAUUGUCAACAAAAUUUGAGCCCGGCCUCGCGAUGGAGGUGACGCCCGUGCUGAGGGACUCCCGGUCCCUGCGGCCCUUCAAGUCCAGCGAGGAGUACCUGUACGCCAUGAAGGAGGACCUCGCCGAGUGGCUGCAGACGCUCUACCCGGAGCUCUGCAUCAGCGUGCACAACUUCAUGGACCGCCUCGACACCGGCGUCGCACUCUGCAAGCACGCCAACAACGUGCGCACGGCGGCCGAGGAGUACAUGGCGCGGCGGCUGGCGCGCCGCUCGGCCAGCAGCGCCAACCUGAUGAGCGCGUCGCUGUCCGCGACCGGCUCCAUAGCGAGGCCCGUCAUCGAGGCGGGGCCCGUCCACUUCCUGCCCGCCGCCCAGCCGGGGACCUUCUUCGCGCGCGACAACGUCUCCAACUUCAUCCGCUGGUGCCGGCACGCGCUCGGCGUCUUCGAGUGCCUGCUCUUCGAGACCGACGACCUGAUCCUGCGCAAGAACGAGCGCAACGUCAUCCUCUGCCUGCUAGACGUCGCGCGCCGCGGCGCCAAGUUCGGCAUGGCGGCGCCGAUGCUGGUGCGCUUCGAGCGCGAGAUCGACCGCGAGAUGGCGGCCGAGCAACGGGCGCUGCAGCGCGCCAGCAGCGUCGCCACCGAGAGCGCCGACAGCGACGACGACGACGACGACUUCGACGCGCCCGUCGGCCCCGUGCCGCAGAUCGUCACCAACGACCUCAAGAGCCUCGACGAAAUGGUGCGGGACCUGGUGGAGCGAUGUUCGUGUCCCGUGCAGUUUCCAAUGAUACGCGUCUCCGAGGGAAAGUACCGCAUUGGUGACACCAAGGUGCUAAUCUUCGUUAGGGUGCUGCGCAGUCACGUGAUGGUCCGCGUGGGCGGCGGCUGGGACACGCUGUCCCACUACCUGGACAAGCACGACCCCUGCCGCUGCAAGACUGCUCAUCGCUCACCACUCUCGGCGAAACUGAUCCUCAAGCAGACGGGAGCAAUCGAGUUGAACAACGCACUGGUCCACUAUGAAAGGUCGCCGCCGCGCACCCGCCGAUCGUCGGCGUCGAGCGUAGGCAGCGGCGGGCCGCCGAGCGCAGCAGUGCCGACGCCGCCCCCGCCGCCCCCACAGCCGCAGCCCCAGCCGCUGUCGCCCGGCGGCGGGGGCGGCACGGGCCUGCGCUCGCGCUCGCCCACGCCCCGCCGGUCGCUGGCUGCGCCGCGGCCCGCCGCCGGCCGCUCGCGCUCCAGGUCGCCCACGCCCGGCGGCGCCAAGCCGCACGCGCUCGCCCCUGGAGCUGGAGCUGGGGGCGGCUCCGGGCCGCAGCGCAGCAGGGACGCCAGCCCCGGCAAGCCGCUGCAGCGCAAGGACAGAGACCCCAGCCCCGCGGUGGCGCCGGCGCCGGCUUCCGCCCCCGCCCCCGCCCCCGCCUCCACAGCCGCCGACGCCCACAACGACUCGGGCUCCGAGGUGUCGGACGAGGGCUACCGCAGCCUAGGCACCGUGGCCGCCGCCAGCUCGCCGCCGGCCCAGGGCGUCGACGACGGCGUCGUCGGGGUCAAGGCGGUCGCCGAAGACUCGGAGGUCGCCGCGGACGAGUGCAAGGACGGCGGCGUCGCGGCCGACGCGCAAGCCUCAGAGCGUCAGGAGCUGAGCCGCCACGCGUCCUCGCCAGACUCGGUGGUGUCCACCUCCGAGGAGGCGGCGACCCCGCGGCAGCAAGAGCCGCAGCGGGAGGCGGAGCCCGCUGCCGCCCCCGCCGCCCCCACAACACGUUGCCCUCCUGCAGAGUCUCCUCAGCAGCAGCCGCAGCAGCCGCAGCAGCAGGCAGCGGCGCCCAUGACGCGCAGCCGGUCGACGUGCGGCGCCGUGGAGUGCGCCUUCAGCGACGCCCCCGCCGAGCUGUUCGCCCCCGCCGCCUCCCGCCGCCAGCAGCAGCAGCAGAGUGGGAGCAAGGGCCGCGCGGCGCCCUCCGCCCACCCCUCCUCCUACAACACGUGGUCCGGCCGGCAGGGCCGCGCCGCGCCCAAGUCUCGACCGCCGCUCACCGACAACACCUUCAGCCGGUCGUCGGUGCAGCGGCGCAGCCUGGGCGCCUACGGCGGCGGCCGCCCGCACCACAGCAACAACAACUACCAGCACGCCAGCGCCCCCUGCAGCCCGCGCAGGCAGCCGCCGCACGCCGCCGCCGCCGCCACUGGGGGCGGCAAGGGCUCCCUGCCCGCCUCCCUGUCCGGCUCCCCCACCAAGAUAUCGCCGCUCAUCGAACAGGUGCUGUCGGUGAAGGAGCUGGACAACGACGUGACGGUGCUGAACAAGAUGCGCCAGAUCAUCCGGCAGUACGCCGACCUGGUGGGCGACGCCGCCGACGCGGAUGCGGACGCCGGCGCGGCGCGGCCGCCCUCCGAGGAGCUGGACCUGACGUCGGCGUGGGUGCACGGCAACGGCAGCCUCCCGCGCCGCGCCGCCUCCGUGUGCGGGGGCGACCUGGGGGCGGCCGUGGGGCCCAGCCCGCGCAAGGACUCCAAGGGCAGCCGCAUCCCGGCGCCGCUACCACCUGCACCUGUGCUGCCGCCUCCACCUCUCCACCAGUUAGUACGAUUUGCGAAUGAUAUGGACUAG